AGGGGGACGGUCGCUACUCAAUCAAUGUUUACUUGUUAUUUACACGCGAGCCAGUACGAUAGCACAUUCCAUACAAUUCGGCCGAUUACCUAUUCUCACCUCUUCAUCGGACUGCAUUUAUAGAGAAACUCCUAUUGCAUUUCCUGUAUAAGUGCAUGUGUGUAUCUAUCAGUACUUGUAUGUAACACUAGGAAACAGCUGUGAGGUUAUUGUAAACGACUAUGUAUUAAGAUGAUAUUGAGAUCUUGUGAAGGAGCUAUAGAGCAAGUGCGUUUACUGCUAUAUAAAGAGUGUGAUAAAAGAGGCAAAAAAGUAUUAUUUGAUUCAUCAACAAUAGAAAAAUUAUCAGCAAAUAAAAAUGACAAACCUGAGAGUGGUACUAUACCCUGCAUUUUGGAAGUGUCUGAAGGCCAUACAUAUUUGUAUAAAGGCCCGGCAACUGAUGCGGGCGUACUCGGUGAGAUGAUGUUCGGAGCUGUGGCCAUGAACUGCAAGAGUGUCUCAUUGAAAAUUCACAUCAUGGAUGACCCUAAAAGGCUGAUGUGCACAAAGAUAUUUUGUGUACCAACAAAAAGAAGAACAAGUCGUGGCAAGCCAGAUAUAAAUGGGAAUAUAAGUGAUAUGAAUUCUUCUUCGCCAUUAAAUGUACCAACGAAAGAGGGAAUGUCCUUGAGCUUCUCAAUUGAUCGUGGUGAUUCAGGUUUCUAUGGCGAUCAAUCUUCAUACAGCACAUUGGGGUCUAACAUCGAUUUCUAUCCCGUUAUGGAAAAUUGGGAUGGAAAUACCCAAGAAUAUUCGUUUUCAUCGUCCAGCGUGCUUAGCUCAAGUGGCAGCUUGCGCAGGCGCACGUCACAAAGUCUUGCGACGCGAUUCGAUCUCUCUACGUCACUGCGGGUGCCCACUAUUUCCACUAUCUCCACUGAUUCACAGGUAUACAGUAAUAGUUCAAGUAGGACGAAUGACAGCCUCGCUUCGUGUCCGCCAUCUAGAAGACGGAAACUGGGCCUCGCGUUGCUGAUCACAGUAUCUGAGAGUGCUGAUGUGGACGUAAUACGACGGUGUGUGGAGCAUUCAAACCAGCUCCAAUCCUUGGUGUGCCGAUUGCGGCUGGCUACUUUAAGAGCUGGAUCUGGGAACAAAUUCGUUUCGACAUUGUAUAAGGCCACUGAAGACGCAGCGAAAUGGUUGUCGGAUCUAAUGUAUGGUGUACGAUUGCAGCCACUAUGGUCAAACCUCGUUACAAGUGACACGAGGCAGUCAAAUAAAAUCGCUGAGUGCAUAGUGUCAGACCUCUGUUCGGUGAUCGCCUUUGGAGACACAAAGACCACUAAUUUUUUCAUCAGCACCUUACUAACACAUGUGCUGACACAUCAUCUCGGCUGGGUGACUACAGUCAGCCCUUACGAUGCCGUCGUUCCCACAAAACUUUCAAAAGGGGAUUACAAAAGGCCAUAUAACGCGUUAUGGGCACAAUUAGGAGAUCUCUGUGGAAGCAUUGGCUUUCCACCUCGAACUGCAAGGACUAUUGUGGCCGGUUCUGCAAAUACACCAUUUAUCAAUAGACUCUUAAGUGUUCUUACCUAUUUCGUGAGGUGCGGUGAUGUGAAACGAAACGAUUUUCUAUAUGAAGACUGUGCGCAAGGUAGUAAAGUUACGUUAGUUGACUCUCGGACUUUUGAAACCGAGGUUUCGAGUACAGUGCGUGGUGUGAAUGAUAAUGAUGAAAACUUAACAGUGAAUACGUCAAGCGAUAGUCGGUUGGCUAUCGCAGAUGGUCUUAAAAAAUCUACAACACUCACUAAUUUAAGUCACAAGCUCUCUAACCCAGAAACCAGUUCAAAGAGUGAGGCGGGCCAGAUGCGAAGAAAUCCAUCUAUCAUGAUCACUCUGGGAGGGUCGACAGAUUCGAGUCAAAAAUCCUCGUUAACAGAAGAAAGUGAACUCGAGAAGAAAGUAGUUUUUGUUCUAGGAGACGAUGAAAAAUUAGUAGGCUUGAAGAAUAAAUCGGUUGACGGGAAAAGUGUGAAGAGAUCGUCUAAAGUGCACAACGAACCAGUCAACGUAGACCUUCCAGAAAAAACAAAUUGUGAUAAAAGUUGCGAGAAGAAACCACUAGACGGUUCAUCCAAAUGCUGCAGCCUAACACUUGAACAUUCCAAACCCAUUAAACAUUCCGGUUUUAAGUUUGAGUUCGAUAAGUAUCCUCAAAUAGUGACCAACUACAUGAAGAGCAAGAACUUGGAGAUUUUAGAUAGACAUUAUAUAGGCAAGCCGGGAAAUUUGAAGUUGGACAAUUUCCAGUUCGACCCCACUAUAAUCCCGCCAAUACAAGAAGAGAGAUGUGAGGCUUGCUACAAGUGCCAGAUGAUGGAAUCUCUACUGCAGACACCUACUAACGCCUCUGAAAUGGAGUACAUGAACGACAUGCCCCGGCAGGAGCUCCAAUACGCGAAGGAAACAGUCACGCAGGAGAGUCAGCGAGAGAUCUCUCCGAAAACAUUUGUUCGGAAAAGAAAAGAAAAUACUGUCAUUAUAAACGUAAAGAAAAACGAAGAUGCACAGAUAGAAUCAUUACGUCAUGAAAACGCGAGCUUAUCAACAUCGCCGAACUUAAAGGAAUCUUCGCAAAGCAAACUGCAGGCCAGAGUGAUGUCUGCAACGAAGGUUUCACGUGCGAAGAAAGAAAGAGUGGAUGUGAAACAAGUGAUAGAGUUUCCACUUCCUGUCAUAAAUUCAGUGAACAAACUGAACACUGGGUUUGAUGUCUCCCUUCUUGGCGGAGUCACAGAUCAUUAUGUACCUGAUUUAGUUUUACAAGGGACUCUAGCGAAUCCCAAAGUCUGGGAAGCUGAUUUGCGGAGGGAGCUGGACUUGACUUUGUACCUGAAUAAGACUUUGGACUCGCCAAUGCAAGCGGUGGCCAUCGUUGGCGAUACUAACAAUUGGGAAGUGCGUAUAUUAGGUAGGGAUUGUGGCUGUGGUGGUUUAUCACCACUGGUUGGCGGAAUGUUGGACGCGAUACCCGCAAUGCGCAUGGCGAGGGUACCCGCACAUCAGUGUCUCCUCUUCCUUGAGAGCAAACUUCGGGAAUUCUGCGUUUUGUCCAAAACCCUCGCAGAUAUGCUUAUGUCAACCGACUUUUGUGACAUCAGUACGCUUACCACAUCACUCAAUAUUGAUGUUAAUGAUGUGCCGUUGUUGUUGGCUGUGGCGAGUACGCAUACACCACAAGUGGCCACGCGAUAUGGAAUCACAUAUAGGUAGUUGGCUUAUGGCUUUAAAUUGAAUGAGAUACAUUCUAUAUUGCCUAAAAACAUGUGUGCACCAAAUCUUUUUCUUCAAACUAGUUUCCGGAGCUGUCAAAUUUGUUGAAACAUUUGACAUCAAGAAUAGAUUGAUUGAACUGAUAUACGAAUGAGGCCGUAGGUUGAGAAGCCUCCACAGAGUGGAUUAAUUCCUAGGUUCGAUUACCUGCAGAUUUCGGAUUAGGCUCAAAAUUAUUAUUGAAACGGACGUGUUAUGUGUGCCCCAUGCCCCACUAGUUUUUGGGUGGAUAAAUUUUUCAAAUUAGUGGCUUGAGAAGUCAUAGCACAAAAUCACAAUUUGUAUAUAUAAUGAAAGCAUUUUCUCUUUAGUAUUAAGAUUAUGUUAUCUGUGAUUUCUUCUGCAUAAUGAGAUAUUUUUAUCUGUGGUAAUACUGGUCGUAGUAUAAAAAUGACGUAUGUGCAAUAUUGGUGAACAAUACUCAAAAUUUUGGUGCUGUAUCAAACGUAAACAACAUUUUUAUUUAAUUUUAAUUUUAAAUUUAUUUGUAAAUUAUAUUUUUUAUAUUUCUGUUUCUGGGUGACAGCAUAGAAAUGAAUCAUUUGAUAAUAUUUCAAUUUGUUUUAUAUGUAGUAUUUAUAGAGAUUUCUCGUUCAUGCAAAAAAUUCUUAAUAUAAAAUCUAUAAAUUAUAGAACAUAUUUUAUCUGUACUAAAUUAUCAACCAUAGAUUUUUAACAUAGAAUGGUACUGAAAGUGACGUAAGAAACACGAGAGGGCGCUGACUUGAUUAUCGGUUAGAAAUAAAAUAUUAUCUAUAGUCACAUUAUUACAGGAUUACAUAUUUAAAAUCCUGACUUUAUGGUUCAAAUGCAAAUUUUGGCUUGAUGUGUUAGACUUUCAGUUCCAUCGUUAUGCUUCCCGGCAAAUAAGUUGGCAAGAGUUAGCGCAGGAGUCUCUAAUGUUUUUUCCAAUGCAAUUUUCAUAUUUUAUAAGUAAUUUUCUUAAUAUUCAUUACAAAGCUUUGCUCAUAAGUCAAACUUCAAAAUAGUUUUUGGCGCCAUCUCUAUUGUGUAUCUAUAUGAUAUAUAUAUUUGACUAUGACAUAUUUUACUAAUCUGUGGCCGCGAUGUUUGACAGUUGACAUAACGUUAGUAAACUUUAAUUUUCUUCACAGAUUAAGCUUUAGACAAAAUACGUAAUUAUCUAGUUUACUUUUUAAAUUUUUAAAACUUUUAUUAUAUAUCAGUUUCAUAAAUAUCUAUUACGCAAAAUCUUGCCAAUUCACAUGCCGAGACAAUACAGUCGCCAUCUUUCAACUUCUCUUUCCUGAUUUAUCCUCUGUAUCACCAAAAUCUUUAAGAUAUGUAUACUAUUACAAACUUUAAGCUAGUCUAGUAAAUCACCGUCUAUUCACAAAAAACCCUAAAUGUAAAAAUAUGUGAUGUAAUAAUUUUUAUACUUAGUUAUUGAAUAAAUUAUUUUUCUUA